UCCAAGGGGCGGUCGGAAAGCGGCUGUGGAGUGUGACAGACUUACCUUACCUUAACGCUUUGGUGGCAUCCCGGUGCCUUGAAUCGGAGGAGGUUUCACAUCUUCCUCUGCUUCGCCCCCAGGCCGUUGCAGGUCUCUGCCUGUCGCUGCAGCUGGGCCCCGCUUGACUGGCUCAGCCUGGAUGGAGACGCCGAGCCUGGGGGACGGCGGACCCGCCCCCUCGAUGGCCUCCAGUGACCUCCCAGGCCCAGAGCAGCAGUGUGACCUCCGUGAGGAAGAUGUGGCUGUGGGAUGGGAAAGAGUGGGAGAAGAUGAAAGACCAAUAGCGGUAAAAAGAAUCAGCGAGUGUGAGCCCCUGCUACAAGAAGCCAUCGCCUCUUCUCCGUUGGGUGACCCCGCAGUGACCGAGUGCCAUAAGCCUGUCCCGUGUGGAUGGGAAAGAGUCGUGAAACAAAGAUUAUCAGGGAAAACAGCAGGAAGAUUUGAUGUCUACUUUAUCAGCCCUCAAGGACUGAAGUUCAGAUCCAGAAGUUCACUUGCUAAUUAUCUUUACAAACAUGGAGAGACUUCUGUUAAGCCAGAAGAUUUUGAUUUUACUGUACUUUCCAAAAGGGGCAUCAGGUCAAGAUCUAAAGACAGCAAUGUUGCAGCUCCGACAGCCCAACUGCAGAAUGAAAGUCACAUUUCAACCCGGAACCUCAGGACACGAAGCAGGUGGAAGAAAGUGUUUCCUCUGCCCAGUAGUAAUUCAGAGCUGCAAGACAGCAGGGGACUGUCCAGCCCUGAGUCCAUUCAGGGGCUUUUGGAAGAAGAUGAGGGUAGUAAUGAUGGUAACUCCAGUAAGGUUAGCAAGUCCAAAAGGAAGGUGACAAUUUUGAAAGGAAUUCCAAUUAAGAAAACCAAAAGACGGUGCAGAAAGAGUCUUUCAGGUUCUGUUGAAAGUAAUGACAAAGGAGAAUCUCCGUGCGACCAGACAGAUGCUGAAAGAGAACCUGUCGCCCAAGACAGUGAGCUGGGCAGAACUUUGUGCAUCUCUGACUCCAGAGUGAGCGACAAGACCCUCAGUGUGACCGAUAAAGUCAAGAGCACCGUGAAAGAAGACUCACCCAAUUCAGGAUCAGACGUUCACUCUGAACAAAUCACUUCUGGCGCCCCAAACAAAUUAUGUUCAACCAAAGAAGCAGAACACAACAAGAAGUGUGGGGAGACGGAUUUAGACUCAGAGGAAAACAGAUCGAAAGGAGACGAGGGGCAGAGGAAGGAGCAUUUGCAUAUGGACCUUUUAAAAUGUGGCUUUGAAACAGGCAGCAAACGCUCAGAAGAAGACACCACCAUCCCGCGGACACAGGUAGAAAAAAGGAAGACAAGCUUAUAUUUUUCCAGCAAGUAUAGCAGAGAAGCUCUCAGCCCCCCACGACGCAAAGCCUUUAAGAAAUGGACCCCUCCUCGGUCACCUUUUAACCUUGUCCAAGAAACACUUUUCCACGAUCCCUGGAAGCUUCUCAUCGCGACGAUAUUUCUCAAUCGGACAUCAGGAAAAAUGGCAAUUCCUGUGCUUUGGGAAUUUCUGGAGAAAUACCCUUCAGCUGAGGUAGCAAGAACAGCAGACUGGAGAGAUGUGUCGGAACUGCUGAAGCCUCUUGGUCUCUACGAUCUUCGAGCCAAAACCAUUAUCAAGUUCUCAGAUGAGUACCUGACAAAGCAGUGGAAAUAUCCGAUCGAGCUUCAUGGGAUUGGCAAAUAUGGCAACGACUCUUACAGGAUUUUUUGCGUCAACGAGUGGAAGCAGGUGCACCCCCAGGAUCACAAGUUAAAUAAAUACCAUGACUGGCUUUGGGAAAAUCAUGAAAAAUUAAGUCUGUCUUAAAGCCCUUCGAAGUUUCCAAACUUGUCUUUUGUGCACUGUUUUGCAAACAGUGGGUGUGUUUGGGGUUUUUUUUGUUUUUUUUUUGUUUUUUGCAGGGGGGACUUUUAUUUUUUGCAGUGCUAAGGCUGGAACUUGGGGACUUGCACAUGCCAGCACCCCCGCCCCCCCUUCCCUACCCACCCGCAGCCCCCACUUCAGUUUUUACGAAGUCCAUUAAAGGCAAUGGAAUUACCUUUCCGGGAAUAUGAUUUUAAUUAGCCCAUCUAGGAACACAGUGUGUAUUUUCUCAGUGUGUGGUGUACCAUUGGCCCUUUAUUACUGAAUGUUCUAGAACAUAUUUUGAGAUUAUUAAAAAAAAGAAUAAAUUAUUUGAUAACAAUCCUAAAAAUGUAUAUGACUUUGCCAAUAAUGGAAUGGAAUGUGAAAGCGAAAAAUGCUUUUCUGGGUCAUCAAUAAUACAAAGCACAUUUCCAUCAACCCAGCUAGAGGGAAGAUUUGAUUUUCUCUUUCUGUAGAAAAUGAUGUUACUGAAAAUUAUCUUAGGAAGAAUCAAAGAGUUUGCCAUUUCUAUUACAAUAAUAAUUUAUUAU